CCAAAUAAAUAAAGUCACAAAGUCACAAAAUCAGAGAAAUCUUAACACUUCCAGCUGCCCAGAAAUCACGCUUCACAAAUCGCAAAGAAAGGGGGAGAGAAAAACACGGAGAUGGCAUUUUCUGCUGUUUUUGCAUGAGCUUCUUGAAGGAGGAGAAGAAGAUCUCUCAAACCCCAUUUGCCGUUUUGUUCCAAGAUCUGGAAAAAAAAAAACUUGAAUAGAAAAAGAAACAGAACCCACUUAGUUCUUUGCUCGAAUCUUUGAGUGUGUGUUUCUUUUUGGCGUUUUGGUGAUCUGGGCAUUUUCCAUUUUAGUUCUGGAACAAGGUUAUUGCUUCAGAAAAUGUUGGGUCGGUCUUCGUUUUCCAGAACCGGAACCUUCCGGCUCGAGAAUUUGGGUCCAAAUGCUCUUGCCCUGAUUGGAAACCUUUGUUUUACUCUCUUUGUGCUUGGAGUGUUGAUCUUUACAAUUAUAGCCGCCACUUAUGAACCAGAAGACCCUUUGUUUCACCCAUCAACCAAGAUAACAACUUUCCUCACAUCCACCUCCAAUGCCACUUUUAAAUCCGACAACACCGUGGUCAAGACCGGUGAGGAUUUCAUGGCUGCGAACCAGACCGCAUUCUCGACUUUUAUAAACAUAGCCGAUGUGGAAAAGGUGACGAGUGAUGUUAAUUCGGAUGGUGGGAGUACCGAUGAAGGGAAGUCGGCUGAUUGUGAGGGCAAUGUGGAUACCCCCAUUGAUUGUAGGGACCCGGAAGUGUUCCAUUUGUUGAUGAGGGCCACCAUAGAGCGAUUCCCCGAUAUUCAUUUUUACCGGUUUGGGAAACCGGUUGCUGGACCGAAGGCAGGGACUUGUGAUAUGGCGUGGCGGUUUAGGCCUAAGGAGGGGAAGACUGCCUCCUUUUACAAGGACUAUAGGAGGUUUGUGAUUUCGAGGUCGACGAAUUGUACUCUGAGUGUUACUGAGAUUGGAGACUACCAUAGCGGUGUGCUUGCCAGGAAAAGGAAGAGGAAUCAGACUCCCGGGUUCGAGAAGAGACCUCUAAAGCAAGAAGAGGUUAAUUCUUUGCCUGUUGUUGGGGAGGUUGUGAAUGACUCCCUUCCCGUGGUUGAGUCCGAAGGGUCGUUUAGUCGCGGCAAGUACUUGAUUUAUGUUGGUGGUGGAGAUAGGUGCAAGAACAUUAACCACUACUUGUGGAGUUUCCUUUGUGCUCUUGGUGAAGCUCAGUACCUUAACCGAACUUUGGUUAUGGAUUUGAGCAUUUGUCUAUCUUCAAUUUACACUUCUUCCAAUCAGGAUGAGGAAGGGAAGGAUUUCAGGUUUUACUUCGAUUUCGAGCAUUUGAGAGAAUCGGCCUCUGUGUUGGACCAGGGACAGUUUUGGACAGAUUGGAGCAAAUGGCAGAAGAGAGAUGGCAUGAGCCUUCACCUUGUGGAGGACUUCAAGGUGACGCCGAUGAAACUCGCGGAUGUCAAGGAUGCUUUGAUCAUGAGAAAGUUUGGAUCUGUGGAGCCAGAUAAUUACUGGUAUAGAGUUUGUGAAGGAGAAACGGAAUCUGUUGUCCAGCGACCUUGGCAUUUGAUUUGGAAGUCAAGAAGGUUGCUGGAUAUAGUCUCCGCAAUUGCAACGAGAUUGAACUGGGACUACGACUCCGUACACAUUGUGAGAGGAGAAAAGGCGAGGAACAAGGAGCUGUGGCCCAACCUUGAUCAAGAUACUUCGCCUAAUGCCCUGCUUUCGACCUUGCAAGACAAAAUAGAAGAUGGGAGAAACCUGUACAUUGCUACAACUGAACCUGAUCAAUCCUUCUUUGACCCUUUGAAGGACAAGUAUUCCACUCAUUUUCUUGAUGAGUACAAGGGCCUUUGGGAUGAGAAGACUGAGUGGUACUCUGAGAUGACUAAGCUGAACAAGGGGAACCCAGUCGAAUUUGACGGAUACAUGAGGGUAUCAGUUGAUACUGAAGUGUUCUUAAGAGGGAAAAAGCAGCUCGAAACUUUUAAUGAUCUCACUAAGGAUUGCAAGGAUGGCAUCAACACUUGCAGCACCGCAUCGAGCUAAAUCCCAAACACAACAUCCACGUGUCGUUUUUGCUAUUUUCUUCUCUUGCAUUUGAAAAUUUGUAAGCAUGAAUUCAUAAUUUUAGCAUUAUGUAGCACCCCUAUGAGUUUUGUACGUCUAGAACAGCAACUGCUAGUAUUUUAUCACUUGGAUUCUUUUAACAGUUUUAAGUUUAUAUUUUA